CAGUUGAUUACCUUCAAACCUUGUUCUCAACUUUUCAGUUCUCAAUCUCUCAUAUCCUGUAAAUUUUGAAUAGAAUUUGGUUCUGGGACUUUCACAUUUUUUAAUUAUUAUUACUAAGAUUUAAAUAAAUAAUCAUAAUUUAAUAUUGAAAUCAAACAUGGAAGGGAAGAAUAAACCUCUUUAUAUACUAGUUGUUUUGAUUUGCCAUAGUUUUUAUAACCCGACUGAUAGUGGUGCUGUACAAAUUACAGAAAGUAAUUUAGAUAUGACUUUAGCUUCAAAUGAAAUAGUGUUUAUAAAUUUUUACGCUGACUGGUGCAAGUUCAGUAACAUGCUUAUGCCCAUAUUUGAUGAUGCGGCAGAUGAAGUUACGAAAGCCGGCUACGAUCCCGGUAAAGUUGUAAUGGGAAAGGUUGACUGUGACAAGGAACCUGCUAUAUCAACAAGAUUCCAUAUAACCAAAUAUCCAACACUAAAACUAUUUCGAAAUGGUUUGCCAGCAAAGAAAGAAUACAGAGGUCAGAGAUCUGUUGAAGCUUUUGCUGAAUUUAUAAAAAAACAAUUGACUGAUCCUGUUGUUACAUUCGGGUCACUCAAAGAACUUCAAAGUUUGGCUGAGGAUAGGAGACACAUUAUCGGAUAUAUGGAUAGAAGAGAUCAAUAUGAAUAUGAAACUCUGAGAAAAGUUGCUGCUAGUCUUAAGGAUGAAUGUUUAUUUCAUGCAGGCUUUGGUGAUGCUUCUGAGCCAAUGCAUCCACCAGGUCAACCAAUUGUUGCGUUUAGAACUGACAGGAAAACAUCAUCAGAGCCAGACGAAACAUAUAAAGGCUCAUUAUUGAACUUUGAUGAGUUAUACAGUUGGGUUCAAAAGAAAUGCAUACCAUUAGUGAGAGAGAUAACAUUUGAAAAUGCUGAAGAGUUAACUGAGGAAGGCCUGCCAUUCUUAAUUCUAUUCUAUCACCCAGAUAAUCCUGAAAGUAUCAAAAAAUAUAAGGAAAUAGUUUCUAGAGAAUUGGAGUCUGAAAAACAAAAUGUGAACUUCUUGACUGCUGAUGGGAUAAGAUUUGAACACCCCCUGCAUCACUUAGGCAAAUCUGUGUCCGACCUGCCACUAAUUGCUAUUGACUCCUUCAGGCAUAUGUAUCUCUUCCCAGACUACAAAGACAUGGAUAAACCUGGAAUGUUAAAGCAAUUCCUACAAGACUUGUAUUCGGGAAAAUUACACAGAGAAUUCCACUACGGGCCUGACACCCCAAACAUGAUAAACAGCGAUCUGAAAGUCACAACACCUCCAGAGUCCUCAUUCAAGAAACUUGCUCCAUCUAAGAACCGCUACACUCUACUCCGGGAUGAAUUAUAAUUCUAAUCUUAAUUAAGAUUCUAGUGUAUUGUAGCACAUUUUUCAAUAUUUCUUCUCACUUUUUGUUCCAUUAAAUUAUAUUUUUGCUGUUUAAGUAUGCAUUUCAAUUAUUUUAGAGUUGAAGUAUAGUGUAUUAUGUAUAUGGUAGUAAAAUUAAUAUUGAUGUAAAAUAUAAGGUUUGUUGCUUUUUUUAUCAUAAAUUAAGAAGUUUAUUAUUGUUUGACCUCGUGUUACAGGUAUACUAAAAUAGCUUAGCACUUGGAACAGUAAGUAUAAAAAUAUGAAGAUAUAAAUACAUAUAUUGUUGUAGAUGUCACCUGGUGUUAAGUGAUCACCGCUGCCCACACUAUCAUGCAACACCAGAAGGAUCACAGGAGCGUUGCCGGCCUUUUAGUGAGUGUACGCGCUUUUAGUUUUUUACUAUCUAAUUUAAACCUUAGACUCUGAACUUUAAUUUAGAACUUCUUAUCAUAAUCCAUAUAUAUAUAUUGGAAAAUAAUAUAUGGUCUAUUUAUCAUCAUAGAGUCUGGAAUAGUUAUAUCAUGGAGACAGUGCAAUAAAAUAUUAUAGAAAAGAUAAUUAUGAACCCUUUGUUCAUGGUUUGUUACUCCUAUCAAUAUUAAAUAGCCAUUUUAUUUUUUAUGUGUAUCUUACAAGAGACCAUGCGAAGAUCUCCAUUGCUACAACAUAAGUUUGGACAUUUUAAUAUAUAAAAUUUAUAAAUCAUUAUAUAUAUCAUUAUAUAAUUUUUAAAAUAAUUUAUAAAUCAUAUCUUCUAUAUUAUAUUGAUAAUCUAUUCGUUAUUAUGAAAAUAUAUAUUACAUUUGAACAGUAUGUCAAUUAAUUAACGGCCGUUCUCAAUAUACUAUCUACAGAUAGAGAUAAUUUACUACCUUCUACUGUCAGUAAUUAGCUGUCAAUAAUCUGAAGCUGUCCCAAUAUAUCUGAUAAGUCAUUCUUAUCGCCUUGUAUUGGGACGCGUGAAUUGCAAUUUCCAUACAAACUUUAUAUCGCUGGUAAGUUAUACGUCGUCCCAUUGACAGACGAUGAGUUACCGUCGAUAAGUUUAUUGGGAUAGAAAACUCAACGACAGUUACGAUUUUUAUCUCAAGUAAGAGAUAGACUGAAUAUUGGGACGGCCGUAAGUAUGUUAUAAACCUUAUCUGUCUCUUAUUUCUACCGAUUUAGUAUAGAAUUGUUUUAACUACAAAAAUGUGUCAUAGUACGAAAAUCCUUGAAUUGUUAAUUAGUUUUUAUCAAUUCACGAUUAAUAAGAGUAAAUUACACAAGCUAAUGUUUUUCUCUAAUCCUGAUAACAAGUAGAAAUUGCUCAUGUGUAUAUGCCUGUUUUUGUACAGUAGAUAAAGGCAUUUAUUUUCUCAAAAUUGUUUCCUUUAGAGUUUUUUCUUUUUGAUGUCAUUUCUAACACUACUACCACUUCGGAAACAAAUGGCAAACAGAUUUAAAUAAAGUCUAUUUAUGUUCAGUUACUUUUUGCAAUAUUGAUAAAAUAAUGCGGAUAGUUGUAUUAUAUUAUAAAAAUGUUUAUAUAAUAGAUUGUAGUAUUUUUAUGGUUAGGUAUUGAAAUAUUAUGAAUUUCUACUUUUCACUAAAUUUGAGGUAAUUCUAUUAUGAUAAAUUAUAAUAUAAAUGAAUAUUAGUGAAUGUAUGAUAAAUAUUAUAACGAUUACUAUUGUUUAAGCUUGUAAAUGUAAAAAAAAAAAAAAUAUUACUACUUAUUAAUUUAGGGCAGGGAUGGCCAACCAUUGAUAUUUCGUAAGAUAGCUUUUUCGUUAUUUUAAAUAACAAAUUAUUAUAAUUAUACAAUCAAAUCAAAAAUAUUUUUUCUUUUUUGGAAACCUAUCUGAAAUACAUUGAUGGCACGCUAAUAUUUAUUUUUCUUAAAAAUACAAACUACCAUUACAAAAAUGUUUGCUAUCCCUGUAUAAAGGUUAAGGUACACUAGAAGAGUUUGUCACAUGCGAACCUCCAGUAUCGUGCUAAACAAUUAUGUACCGUCUAGUGUGAACAAAACGCCCUUCUUUGCAAUUGUCCAAUCUACUCCUCGCCUAUCGCGUCUGUACACAAAUUGUAUGAUUUUUUUUUUUCAUUCUAUUUCGUAUAAAAUUAUUAACCGGCGCAUUUUAAAAACUCCGGUGGUAGAAGUGAAGCGUACUAUGUAUCUACCUUACCUAGUUGCAAUUCUUAAUAAAAAUAAAGUUUCGAAUUUUAUCAUUAUUUUUGACAUUUAAUUGACCUUCACUGGUAAAAAUUUGUACAGAAUUAUUUUGUUCAAUAUUAUGCAAUACUCGAUUAUACGAAUCUGAGUAUCGUUUGUAUGCUGCGAGUUUUUAUCAUUAAAGAAAUUGUUAACAGCAACAGGACAGAAUUUCUCGGAUACGAAUUUUGCCGAUCGUUGUAGAAAAAGUCUUCUAGUGUGUACAUUUUCACAAAUAUCAACUAAUAAAAUAUUCUUUACUUCGCUUACUUUGUGUACUCUGCUUUUCGUCAAAUUUCAUGAUGCAAGGCGCGAGGUGUAAUUAAUGUAAAUAGCUAAAAAAUGACAAUCGAGUUAAUUUAAAGGCUCAUUUUUUCAGCUUCAACAGCCCGCAGGCGUAAGUAAUUAAUGUUUAUUUCUACUUGAUAGUUGAUAGAUUUCAACCUCCACAUUUCUGAUAUAAAGGUCCUGAUACACAUGCAUAUGUACAGCAAAGUAGGUGCAUGUUUUUAUGGCGCCGCGAGCACCGAGCGUUUGACAUAAGCAUAGCUCUUAGAGUAGGUAUAUCAAAUUAGUACAGUUUUGAUGCUUGGUGUUACGUGAUUCGAUCCCGCCCAAUUUUAAAUGAUUUUUUUAUGUUAAUGUGAUUUAUAAAUGAAUUAAAAGCAUUAUUAAAUCAAUUCGUAUCUAAAUUAAAUAUGAUUUAUUAUUAAAUAAAUUUAUCAAUGGAUUUAUACACACAGCUCUCGCUAUUUAGGGGAUCACUUUGCAAGAUCUUAUCUUAUUAAUUGUAGACGGUACAAACACUAGUAAAUCAUUUACACUGCCGUUGUGUUGUGCGGAACACACAUAUGUUUUGUUUUAACAGUUAGUGGUGCUAUAAAAAUUCUUUGUUUUGCAAAAUUGAUCUGAAAUACCUAGCGUGAUAAAUCAAACAUCCUGUAGUUUAAGCUUUUUGCUUGUUGUAUUGAAAUGCAUUUUAAUCGUAAUUUCUUUAUCCACUAUAAUUGCAUUUAUUACUAAGUAGGGUUGUGUUUUUACACAUAAAAAAAUUUAUUAUUUUCAACGCAACACGAAUUUUUUAUUACUUUUAAAUAAAUUAUGAUGUUGUAAAGAUCAAUGAUUAUUUAUUACCUUAUGAUAAAGUAAGUUAAAUAACAAAAAUAUGCCCUGUAUAUUGAAAUAGUAGUACCUUUUAAGGACCAACGGCUUAGAUUAUCUGAUAUAACUGUACAAAAUGUAUGUUUUGUGACGUGUUGUGCUAUUAUUUAAUUAAAAUUUCAAAUAUA